AUGGGUGGAGAAGUUCCCUUUCGCCCCGCUCCUCCGGCUUUACCCCAGUUAGCUGAGCGCCCGGUCGGCCAACGGAUCAAGAAGAUCUACACCGAUCGUCUGAACCAGUUCACAUCGAACGGCCAGUACGAAGGCCAAAAUCUCGUCUCGAAGUACCACGAAGCUACAAACUCGGACGAAGACCAUGUCAAGCUUUCUGUUUACUCGGUUCCGGACCUGCAGCGACCGACAUUCGAAGAGGCGACCUCCCAUGAGUUCAAGCCAACUCAUAUAGGCGCCUCUUUCGGGCCCAGUUGGUCCACACAUUGGUUCCGCAUUCACCUGACAGUCCCCAAGGACAUGCUCCAACGGGAGCACCUGGAGUUCCACUGGGAUGCCAACAACGAGGGUUUGAUCUGGACAGAAGACGGUCGGCCACUACAGGGCUUGACGGGAGGUGGAGAGAGGACGGAGUUUAUUCUACCCAAGGAGUGGUGCGAUGGCAAGCAGCAUACAUUCUACAUUGAAAUGGCCUGCAAUGGCAUGUUCGGCAAUGCUCCUGGUGGCGAUUCGAUCCAGCCACCAAAUCCCGAUAAGCAUUUCACUCUCAGCACAGCGCGGAUCACUGCUGUAAACCUAGCUGCGCGGGCGCUAUAUUAUGACUUUUGGAUUAUUGGUGAUGCCGCCCGGGAAUUCCCAGCCGAGUCGUGGGAGUCGCAUGAAGCCAAUGUAGUGGCUAAUUCGAUGAUUGAUGCUUUCAUUGCUGGCAAUGGAAGCAACGAGUCUAUCAAUGAGGCACGGAAGAUCGCAAGGAAGUACCUCGGCAACAGAGUGGAUUCGUCUAAAGUUUAUGACACAGACUCACAGCCGAUUGUUUAUGCUAUCGGUCAUUGCCAUAUUGAUACUUGCUGGUUAUGGCCUUGGGCUGAGACUAAGCGGAAGGUGGCACGCUCCUGGUCGAAUCAAUGCGAUCUGAUGGAGCGAUAUCCCGAGCACCGAUUUGCUUGUUCUCAAGCGCAACAAUUCAAAUGGCUUAAGCAGUACUACCCGUCUGUCUUUGAUCGCGUGAAGCGCUGGGUGAAGAAGGGAAAUUUCCAGCCCAUUGGCGGAAGUUGGGUUGAACACGAUACGAACAUGCCCAGUGGUGAAUCGCUGGUCAGACAGUUCUUGUAUGGACAGAGAUUUUUCGAGUCAAACUUCGGUAAACGAAGCACGACUUUCUGGUUGCCGGAUACCUUCGGUUACUCUACUCAGAUCCCUCAAAUCUGCCGUCAGGCUGGGAUGAGCCGCUUCUUCACUCAGAAGCUCAGUUGGAACAACAUCAACAAUUUCCCUCAUACCACCUUCCAAUGGGUUGCGCUUGAUGGCAGCCAAGUCAUGUGUCAUAUGGCUCCUUCAGAAACCUACACGGCUGAGGCACAUUUCGGUGAUGUCAAGCGGAGUGUCACGCAACACAAAUCGCUUGACUCGGACAAGUCAUCACUGCUUGUCUUCGGAAAGGGAGAUGGAGGUGGUGGUCCGACUUUCGGACAUCUUGAAAAAUUGCGUCGUUGCCGUGGUCUCAGUGAUCAAGUUGGCUUACUACCCCGAGUGAAAAUGGGCGAGUCGGUAGAUGAUUUCUUUGCAAAGCUGGAGGCCAAGGUUGCAUCUGGUACCGAGUUUGCCACUUGGUAUGGUGAGCUUUACUUUGAGUUGCACCGUGGUACAUAUACCACGCAGGCAAACAACAAGCGCAAUAACCGCAAGUCUGAAUUUCUGUUGCGUGAAAUUGAGCUUCUUGCGACCUUUGCCACUAUCCAUGGUUCCAAUGAUGGAUACCAGUAUCCCAAGGAAGAGAUUGAUAGGAUGUGGGAGGGAACCCUCCUUUGUCAGUUCCAUGAUUGCUUGCCCGGAAGCUCAAUCGAGAUGUGCUAUGACGACUCGGACAAGUUGUAUGCCGAAAUAUUUGAGAUAGGUGCUAAGUUGCGGAAGGAUGCCCUCGACGCCCUGGGGCUUACGGGCGAUGCCACAACCGGAAAUUUGAUGGCUUUGAACACAUUGCCAUGGCCCCGAUCAGAGGUUGUCCACAUUCCUUCGGCACUCUCCGCAUCCAAGGGACCCAAGUAUGGUGUGGCUAGUGGACCAACGGGAGUGAUGCAGUACCAGCCUGCUGAUUUCGAAACCACCACUGCGGUAACUGUGUCCGAGGUCCGAUCCGGGGUCUUCCGUCUCGAGAACGGUAAGCUUAGGGUUGAUGUUGAGGAUGGGGUCAUCACAUCUUUGUACGACGUGGAGGCCGAUAGAGAGAUCGUCGCUAAGGGCCACAAGGCUGGCCAGCUGGUUAUAUUCGAUGACAAACCUCUCUACUGGCAAGCUUGGGAUGUGGAGGUGUUCCAUCUCGAAUCACGAAAAGAGCUACCUGGUGGAAAGACAACCAUUGUAGAAAAUGACCCGCACCGUGUGAGUGUCAUGACCGAGACACCGAUCAGUGAUAAGAGCUGGAUCAAGACCACGAUCAGCCUAUCCGCAUCCACAUGUGAUGAACCAUCCUAUGUGGAGAUGGAAAGCGAGGUGGAAUGGCAAGAGACCAUGAAAUUCCUCAAGGUUGAGUUCCCUGUUGAUAUCACCAACACUGAAGCGUCUUACGAGACCCAGUAUGGCAUCGUCAGGCGCCCAACCCAUUAUAACACAAGCUGGGACAUGGCUAAGUUUGAGGUCUGCUGUCACAAAUGGGCCGAUCUCUCGGAGAACGGCUAUGGAGUGUCCAUCCUCAACGACUCGAAAUAUGGCUUCGCGACAUGUGGUAACUUGAUGCGUCUUUCUCUGCUCCGUGCCCCUAAGGCACCGGACGCCCACGCCGACAUGGGCCGCCACCACAUUCGCUACGCGAUCCUUCCUCAUGCGGGUCCUCUCGAUGCCCGAACGGUUCGCGCUGGCUUCAAUUUCAAUAAUCCUCUCGUCGUCGAGAAAGCCGGCCCCAAAGCAUUGGCAGCCAGUGUUCUAUUCAAAUCCCUCUCUAUCAAGGGUGCUCCCUCGUUGAUUCUCGAUGUUGUCAAGCGCGGUGAGGAUGAUGUUGAUGUUUCAUGGGAUGGGUCUCCUACUCGCGAUGGGAAGAGUAUCAUUUUGCGCGUGUAUGAGUCGCUUGGUGGCAAAGCUCGGGGCUCCAUUGAGACCACCCUGCCCAUAAAGAAGGCGUUCAAGUGCAAUGUUCUCGAAGACGAUGAGCAUCCUGGACUGGAUGUUCUUGAUAAUGAUGGUGGUUCAGCAGUCAAGAUCGAGCUGAGAGCGUUCGAGGUCGCUACUUUCCGACUGCAGCUGUGA